AUGGUGCCCGGGGCUCCCAGUACCGGUAUGCUCCCAGCGUCUGAAGCUGCCAAAAUCUACCAGACCAACUACGUGCGUAAUUCCCGUGCCAUCGGCGUGUUAUGGGCCAUUUUCACAAUCCUAUUUGCCAUUGUAAACGUAGUAUGUUUUAUCCAGCCUUACUGGAUUGGGGACGGCGCGGACACCCCUCAGGCGGGUUACUUCGGCCUCUUUCACUACUGCAUCGGCAACGGGUUGUCCCGGGACCUAACGUGUCAGGGGAGUUUUACUGAGUUCAGCUCCAUCCCGUCCGGUGCGUUUAAAGCCGCUUCAUUCUUCAUCGGGAUGUCCAUGGUGCUCGUGCUCACCUGCAUCGGCUGUUUCGCGCUCUUCUUCUUCUGCAGCACCGGCACAGUCUACAAGAUCUGCGGCUGGAUGCAGCUGGCAGCAGGUACCUGUCUGAUCCUGGGCUGCAUGAUCUACCCUGAUGGCUGGGAUAGUGACGAGGUGAAGCGCAUGUGUGGCGAGCAGACGGACAAGUACACUCUGGGGGCGUGCUCCGUACGCUGGGCGUACAUCCUGGCCAUCAUGGGUAUCAUGGACGCCCUCAUCCUCUCCUUUCUCGCCUUUGUGCUGGGGAACCGCCAGGACAGCCUCAUGUCCGAGGAGCUGCUGGGAGACAGUAAGAGAGCAUACUCACUGUCUGAGUGA